AUGAUUAGUGCAAAAGGUGGAAGGCCGCCUCCCCCUGUUCCACCACGACCAAGUAAACAAGUGGUUGCUGAAGCUUUAGCUAAAAAUAGACCACCUAAACCUAUCAGUCAUGUUUCUAAAUUAAUUGAUCGUACAGAAAAAUCAUUCGGAAACUACGUCAACCAUCAAGUUAUUAAAAAACGAGAAGAUCUAUUAAAUGCCAAAAAUGCCACCAACAACAAGAACCCUGGACUUGUGGCUUGGGGUGGAACAGUCAUUUACAGGUCGCCUUCAUUUAUCAGAGACGAAGAAAAGAAAAAAUUAGAAGAUGCUGAAAGGCAAGAAAAAGGCACAAUAAAUAUCGAAAACAAGUCAUUAAAUGACGAACCUUCGAAAAUUUGUAAUAUUGAUGCAAGUAAGUUACCGAAGCCAAAAGCCGGAAGUCCAACUUCAAAGUUGGAUAAUAUAAGACGUUUCGAUAGCAUAAACAAUAGUUUUGAGAAAACUGAGGAUGACAUCGUUAAAAAUAAUAUGAAUAAUAUGAAUAAUAUUGUUAAGUGUCCAAGUGUUAAGGAUAUUAUAAAAAGUCUUCAUGAAGAAAAAGUAGAGAAUAAUAGCAAAAUAAAGAAUAAUUCAUAUACAGGUGUUGCACCAGACCAAACUUUUAUCAAGGGAAAUGAACCAAAAGUAAUGAAUGAAUCCUCCACCAAUUUUAAAGCUUCAACUAAUUUGCAAGAUUCCUUUAAAAGUAAUGCUGACAGUUCAGUAUCAGAAACCUCAUUAAAUAUGAGUAAUGGCAAUCUUUAUCAUUACAAAGAAAUAGUUGAAACAAAAAGUUUGAGUGAGCCUGAAAUAAUUAUAUCUAAUAAUGCUUUGAAUAAUGCAGAGCCUAAUAAUAAAGAUAUACAAGUUAAAAGUAGUGUAACAAAAGUUGCCAUAGCACCCUCUUCAGAUACACAAAUUUCUAUUCCACCAGUGGAAGAAACACGUGUUGUCAUAGGAAGUGGUUCUACGACUUCUGCGACUCGUAUUUUAGCAAAUGGAGUUCCUACAACAACCACGACUAUCGAGAUCCGAGGUGGCGAAUCCACGACUUCCUCUAUAAUUAGCAACACUAUUAGUAAUUCAGUGCAAAUUACAUUGUGUAGUACUGAAUCUUCUAGAAGUUUUGGAGAUGCUUCUUUGUCAGUUCGACCUGAACCAGAAGGCGGCGAAACUGAGAAGCUCGAUAUUGAGAAACCUAGAACUGCUUCUCCGCCAUCUACGAAAAAGUCUGCUAUUACUUUUAGCGAUAUUGCUAAUCAUGAAUUACUGAUAUCAGAACUCCAAGAUAUGAGACAAGAACACAGGAUACGGAAAAGGCAACGGCAACCUGAUCAGGAAGAUUUAGCUUCUAAAACGCGUUUAGAUAGUUCUGUUGAUCAAAAAUCUGAAGCAUCAUUUGACGAUCAAGAUUUGGAUUCUAUAAGUACAUCCGAUUGGACGGAAGUGUCGAACGACGGUGCAGAAGUGGUUUAUUCUAGUUGUCGUAUAAAUUUAGACAGUAGUGACACUGAUGUAGUUAAUUCUCGUGAGAGACGUGAUAGUGGUAACUCGUCAUCUAAUAGUGAGUCUCCAUCGCUUUGCAGAAUGUCUGCUUCAUUACCGCCGGGGCUACCACCCCUGCCGAAGAGCCUGAGCGGCUUCGAGCUUCGAUCCAGCGGUGCUGGUCCUCAGUCUCAAGGACGACCACCGCCGCCUGAACCACCGCGCACUGGCAGACCGCAGGCGACACUCGACACGCAGUUGGCGGUGCUCAGAAGAGAAAUGGUAAAUGCAUAA